AUGGCAGCAGAAAUACUGAAAAGUGUCCAUCAUAAUGAAAGCCAUCACGUGAUCGCCUGCUACUUUACCAACUGGGCCCAAUACAGACCUGGUUUAGGCCUAUACUCAGUGGCUAACAUUGACCCCUACCUUUGUACGGACAUUGUGUACGCUUUUGCCUACAUCGACACAGCCAGUCUGACCCUGACAACCGUAGAGUGGAAUGAUGCAGAUCUGUACGCACAAGUAAUGGCUCUGAAGUCUGUGAACCCCGAGCUGAAAGUGCACCUGGCAGUGGGAGGUUAUUCCAUGGGAACCUGGCCAUUUGAAAGCAUCACAGCCUCAAUGAGCAACAUGGAGACGUUUGCUGGGAACGCCGCCUCUUUUCUACGUACUCAUGGCUUUGACGGCCUGGAUUUGGAUUGGGAGUUUCCAGGCGCUUCCUUCAGAAGCCAGUUUUCCCAGCUGUGUGAAGCUCUGUUCCAGCACUUUAGUGUAGAAGCUCAGGCAUCUGGCAAGCCCCGCCUGCUCUUGACCGCUGCUGUGUCCGGUUACAAGACAGAGAUAGAGGCAUCAUAUGAGCCACAGAUCAUUCAACA